AACAUUUCCGCAUUGACGGCAUGCAUGUAGAGUAGCUAGCUAGUAACUUGUUUCGCCUUAUAAAAGCUUUACUAACAUUACAUUUCUGUGUAACCUGUUGAUAAAGGUAGCUGCAAUGAACAGUAAAGGUAUUAAGGCGAUAUUGCUUGACUUGGACAACACGCUCAUUGACACAGCGGGUGCCGGUGGAGUUGCCAUUCAAAAAGUGAGUUGUCCGGCCGUUUCAUGACAUUACUUUAUUUUUUUAUUUUUUAUUGUCGAUUAACGUAGGCAUACAGAUACUUGAUAAAAUAGUCCUUUGGUUUGUUCAAAACAUUCCCUGGGUUUUUUGGUACACAUAUUACAACCAGCAUUGAUUUCCUUAUUUCCCAGGUCACGGAGCUCUUGAAGACAUUAGGCCAUGAACACAUCAUUGACAUUUGUGACAGAUUUAAGCACAAGCUCUCUCACGAGACCUUUGACCCAGCUGGUGGUAGGACAAUAGAUGAGGUGCGGAUCGGUCACUGGGAGGAGAGCAUCCAGGAGGUUAUGGGUGGGAGGCCCAGCUCCAACCCCACCCUUGCCAGUGAGUGCUACUACCAGUGGAAGAACACUCGCCUGGAGCUUCUAACCAUAACACCUCCUGUACUUACCCUGCUGAAGCAGCUGAGGACCAGCCACAAACUGCUGCUGCUGACCAAUGGAGAGACCCAGACACAGAGGGAGAAGAUAGUGGCGUUGGGGUGUCAGGGGCUGUUUGAUGCUGUGGUGAUGGGGGGAGAGCAUGCAGAAGAGAAGCCAGCCCGCUCCAUCUUCACCCAUUGUUUUGGCCUGCUGGGGGUGCAGGCUCACGACUGUGUUAUGGUGGGUGACUCCCUGGACACAGACAUUGUUGGGGGGUUUAAUGCAGGGGUUAGAGCCACGGUGUGGAUUAAUAACGGAGGGGUGUGUCCACCUGAGGGAUCUGUCAAACCAGACUACACCAUUCCCUCUGUGCUGGACUUACCUGAGGUGCUGGCCAAGUUGAAAUGAAACUACAGGGAACAAUGUCUAAACCAAUCACAUGAAGAUUGUUUCCAAAGGCCUGAGUUAAUGAAAACAGGGGUUUCUUGUAAAAGGGAUUGUAAAAAUCAAAAUCAGCUUAUUUUCUUUCAUAUUUGAUCUGGAUGAAAGACAAAUUACUUAACAGCAACAAACAUUAUUUUCUUACCUACCAAAUUAUGUUUAAUUGUUUCUCUACUCUCUAAUGCAGACAUUUAUAAUAAUUCUGUCAUAUUUUAUGUUAUCUGUUGGGUGUACAUUAGACAAAGUUGAUUAAUGUGACCAGUAGGGAAAAUGAGUUUUGACAUUUAGACUUAACUAGAAGUCGGAAUGACAAUCAAGACGCAUUCAAGUUGAUCAGUUGUUUCUGACAUAACCAGCACCUUGAACAAGACACUGCUGUGCACAGGGCUUCUGCUUCUUAUUUCGAGUAAACUAUAUGUAAUACCUA